AUGCUGACCCAUUACACAGUGUGCGCCCGCGGACAGAACAUUGCAGACACCACGCCGACGUGCAAGGUCACUGCUACCCCGAGGGCGUUCCAACCGGCCUUGUUUAACGUCUCCAAGUGGAUCUGGACUGGUGAGAAUCCGGUUCCAGGCGGUAACAAUAUCGUCAGCACUCGCCCUUUGAGGAAGAAUAUUACGACUCCUUGCAACAAGUGCGCCGUCUGUGCCACCAUCGUGAUAGCUUCUGAUGAUGCAUCCACAGUCUACGUCAACGGCGUUCGUAUUGGCUCUGGCGGGACCCCGAAUCAGGGCCAGGCCUUGUUCGUGGCAUUGCAACCUUCCUGGAACCUCUUUGCCAUUGCUGGUCAGAAUCUGUUCGCCAACACUCCAGCAGGUAUUAUGGCCACGAUCUUGGUCCACUUCUCUGACGGUACAACCGAAAGCUUCAUUACUGAUGAGUCGUGGAGAACCCUGCCCGCUGCGCCUCCCGCGAAUUUCCAACUCCCAUCGAUCGACGACAGUAAUUGGGCCUUCGCCUCUGUGCAAGGGACGUAUCAGAAGUCAGUUUGGGGGCCACUAGCCCUACCACCCGUCCUUCCCCUCCGUGGCUCAAAUUGGAUUUGGACGACCGACAAUGUGAAUGGCGUUGCCCCUGUAGGAUCCCGAGCUUUCAGAAAGACAAUUAAUGAAUGCGCCAAAGUCGCGGUUUGCGCCACUGUCCUGAUCGCCGCUGACAAUCACUAUACAUUGUACAUCAAUGGAGGCGUAGUUGGAUCCGGGUCCAGCUACACCGUCGCCGAUGCCUACACGAUUCCUAACCUUCACCCCACUUUCAACACCUUCGCCAUCAACGCCACAAACGAUGGCGGUCCCGCAGGUGUCAUUGCAACUAUUCUCAUCACGUACCGGGAUGGUUCGAACGAAACACUCGUCACUGAUGGCAGCUGGAAGGGCAUCCAGAAGAUCCCUCAAGGAUUCGAGCUGCCCAUGACCGAUGACUCUGGUUGGGAGAAUGCGAAGGUUGUUGGUGCUUAUGGGAUUGCACUGUGGGGUACUGGUAUGGCUAUCCCUAGCGCUUAG